AUGGUUGCCAACAGAAGCGUCGGAACUGGUCUCACUGAAUCGGCGGUGAUUUUCAGUACCGCUCUUCUCGGUGCCCCAUAUCUGACCUACUGGUACGGUAUCGCGCUUCCAGUAUGGUGGGCCAAUGGACAAAGCACCAUGAUCUGCGCGUUCGGCUGGCUUGCCAUUCAAGCGAAACUGAAGGCACCUAAUGCGCACACACUCCUCGAGUUAAUUAAGGUGCGCUAUGGUUACGUUGCACAUAUCAUCUGGAUCAUCUUAUGUCUCAUCAACAACAUCCUCAACUUCUCGUCCAUGCUGGUCGGGGCUUCGACGGCUGUGUCUUCCUUGACGGGAAUGAACAUUGUCGCCUCUACAUACCUUCUUCCACUGGGUGUUAUGGUCUACACCUAUUUUGGGGACAUUCGGGCGACAUUUCUCACUGACUACGUCCAUACGUUCAUUAUCAUGAUUAUAUUGGUCUGGUUCACCAUCAAAGUUUUGACCAUUCAAGGAACUGGAUCAAUUGGAGCGCUCUAUGAUGCCGUUUUGCCCUUGUCGAAGCAACACCCGGUUGAGGGAAACUAUCAGGGUUCGUACUUGACCAUGACAAGCAAGGAAUCCAUCUCCUUUGGCAUCAUUCAUAUUGUCACGAACUUCGGUAUUGUCUUCCUUGAUACUGGUUUCUGGCAAAAGGUGGGUAUUGUCGUACACACACACAAACAUCUAAGGCCGCCAACUGACAUAGAAUCUAGGGUUUUGCCGCGGAAGUGGCAGCGGCCGUUCCUGGCUACAUUCUUGGUGGAACGCUUAUUUUGCCAUUUCAAGGAGGUAUGCUCACAAACCAACGCUCUUUCCAGUCCCGCCACGUUCCCUACGGCAUUUGCUCUUGUCUGGAAACGGCAAACCAGGGCCACCGCCAUCAUAUCUCCGUUAAUCGGCAUGGCGUGUGGUCUUGCGGUUUGGGUUGGAACAGCCUACGGACUAUAUGGUGAAGCAACGAUCAAGACUCUGGGGAUGACUCUACCCUGCCUCUACGGCAAUCUUACCUCCUCCUUUUGGUCCGAUCUACUGACCAUCAAACGGGUCGAGGACGAUGAUCGUGGUCAAGUGGGCGCGACCGCCACUCACUUCAACGCUGACGUGUAUUUUUCACCUGAUCGUGUCGCAUACAUGAAGCGUGUGUCACGCAUUGCGGUGUACUGGGGCAUUGCUACUUUCGCGGGCCAGGUGGUGUUGUGGCCUCUGCCGAUGUACGGUGCAAGAUUUGUGUUUUCCAAAGGGUUAUUUGUCGCCUGGAUAGUGGUGUCAUUAAUCUGGCUCUGCGCUGCCUUGUUCGUCGCCAACUUCUACCCGCUGGUCGACGGCGGCCUCAAAAAGAUCUGGAUCGUUGUGAGUGGCAAGAAAGAUGUGGUUGUUGAGAAAGGGUUGGAUGAUGGUUCGGGCUCUGGAGGUGGAGUAUCCUCGAUGGAGACGACGAAUACGCCGCCGGGGGAAACGGAAGAGAUCGUUAUUGGUGGGGAGAAAGGUAUUGCUUGA